UCGCGCGCCGCCGGCCAGUGUCUGACUCAAGAUGACCCUAAUACAGCUGCUGUGGGAGGCGCUGCGCCCUCAUGCCACGCUCGCGCUGCUCUUCGUCACUGUGAUCCUGGCGGUGCGCUAUCUCCUCGCCCCUCGCGGAUGCCCCCUCCCCCCUGGCCCUUGGGGUGUUCCGGUGUUCGGCUACCUUCCCUUCCUCUCUAAGGACAUCCACUACAGCCUCCUUGGUCUGGCGCGCCGCUUCGGGCCUAUCUAUAGCAUACGCUUCGGCAUCAAGAGGUUCGUGGUGCUGGCCGACCCCGAUGUGAUACGAGACGCCUUCAGGAGGGAGGAGUUCCACGCGCGGCCGUCCAACACGCUCUACGAGAUCUUUGAGGGAUACGGACUCUUCAACAUCUCGGGGGACAUGUGGAAGGAGCAGCGACGGUUCCUACACGACAGACUGAGAUCUAUGGGCAUGAAAACGACAGGACUGGGACGCGAUCAGAUGGAAGUAAGAAUCAUGAGUGAGGUCAAAUGCCUCCUGCACUGUCUCCUCUCCGGCAAGGGCAAGGCUAUGGACAUCGGGGAGCUUCUCUGCAACGCCGCCACUAACGUCAUCUGCAGCAUCCUAAUGUCCGUCCGGUUCAAGCCUAGCAAUCCCAGCUUCAUACGCUUCAUGGAGCUCUACGAUGAAGGGUUUAAGCUGUUCCUGAAGUGCGAUAUCACCAGCUACAUCCCAGUGAGCCGCUUCAUCCCCUCCGUGCGCGCCAACUUUCAGAAAUUGAUGUUUAGUCGCGAUAAGUCCAGGCAGAUGAUUAGCGGGAUCAUUAAAGAGAGGAGGGAGACGUUUGACCCGAGCACCACUGGCGGGGAUAUCCUGGACUGUUACUUGCUGGAGGAACACAAGGCGAAGGAGGAAGGCCGCGUGUUGUAUGAGGGGAAGGACUUUGACCGCCAGCUCGUUCAGGUCAUCAUGGACAUGUUCAGCGCUGGCGAGGAGACCGUGAGAACCUGCCUGCUGUGGACCUUCGUGUACCUUCUGCGCCACCCGGAGGUCAUGGCGAAGGUACAAGAGGAACUGGAUGCCGUGAUUGGGCGCUCAAGAAUGCCUUCCCUGGACGACCAACCCCAUUUGCCAUACGCCGAGGCCACGGUAUGUGAGGUCCUCCGCCAUUCCACUGUCGUUCCACUUGGCUCCUUCCACGCAACCACCAGAACGACAUCGCUAGGAGGGUUCACCAUUCCCGAAGGCACCAAUGUCAUCCCACUCCUCUUUGCUUGUCACAUGGACGGGAAGCUGUGGGAGGACCCGGAAAAAUUCGAUCCCAUGCGGUUUAUCGAUUCUGAAGGCGGAUUGAAGAGACCCAAGCAGUUUAUGCCCUUCGGCACGGGCAGGAGGAUGUGUCUGGGGAACGUGCUGGCGCGGAGUGAGUUGUUCCUGUUCUUCACUUCAAUUCUACACGUCUUUGAUCUCGCGUUGCCGCCCGGAGAGCCGCUGCCGACCCUUGAAGGAAGGCUCUGUUCGACGUACUCACCGAAGCCCUUCAAGGUCAGUUUCCUCUCAAGAGAAGUCUCGGGCAUCGGACAAAUGAAUAACCGACCUUAUGAAUUCCGUGCGGCUGGCUUAUAAUAUUCUGCACACCCUUAUGGACGCUACAGGGGGGUGGGG